ACCAAAACCAUCAACCCUCUUGUACGUCAACUUACCUCUUCCACUAAUGAACUCUAUUCAAUUAGGCUUGUAAUGCCACCUCGAAUACCGAUCCGGUCAUACGUGCCUCGCCGUGUAUUGAGAGCCGUCCACGCACGCAGUUUUGCGUCUACAGCGGCGAACCCAGAGCUUUACGAUGUAGUUUGUGUAGGUGGAGGCCCGGCCGGAUUGAGUUUGCUCACGGCAUUGCGCGCCUCAAAAACGACAUCAAACCUCAAAGUUGCCCUGAUUGAAGGACAGGACUUGCAGAAGAACCAGCUUAAGAACGCUUCGCCUGAUGUAUUCUCGAACCGGUGUAGUUCCCUAACCCCAGCAUCUGUAAAGAACUUGCAAGAUAUCGGAGCAUGGUCCCAUGUCGACUUGUCACGCGUCCAGCCGUACCAGGAGAUGCAAGUAUGGGACGGCGUGAGCGACUCUAGAAUCUCCUUUGACUGGGACUCCGCACGAACUCCCUGGAAACCACGAAACCCUUCCCAACCUACCACGAUUGCCUACAUGAUAGAAAACCUCAACACAACCACCACACUGCUCUCUCGACUAUCAGAACUCGGCGGUGUAACCACACAUUCCCCCGCGCGUGUCGAGUCGAUUGAGCUUGGACAAGAGACGCCUGAUCUAGACUUGCGGUCAUGGCCGGCGUUGACAUUGAGCAAUGGCAAGACGCUGGCAGCACGGCUGCUGGUAGGAGCUGAUGGAGCGAAUAGCCCUGUCAGAACAUUUGCGGGAAUACCAAGUCGUGGUUUUGAUUACAACCGACAUGGUGUAGUCGCAUCGUUGAAGCUCGAAGGCCUAGGCUGGGGCGGAAAGGACCAUAAGAUUGCGUACCAACGCUUUCUACCCACUGGCCCGGUUGCUAUGCUCCCUCUUCCGGGCAACAUGGCUACGCUUGUGUGGUCGACAACGCCAGAACGAGCUGCGAAAUUGAAGUCGUUAUCUUCGGUAGACUUCAUAGCCAUGGUGAACGCGGCGUUUAGACUUUCGACCGUCGAUUUGGAUUAUCUACAUACGCUACAGGAAGGUCAGCAGGAAGAGGUUGCGUGGCGAGAGCAACACACGCCUGUCAACGAAGGAAAUGUCCCGAUGAAGGUCUUGAACGUUCAGGAGGGCAGCGUGGCUAGUUUCCCUCUGAAGAUGAGGCAUGCUGACACUUAUACCGGAGAGAGGGUGGCACUGGUCGGAGACGCUGCCCAUACCAUCCACCCUCUCGCUGGCCAAGGCCUUAACCAAGGUCAAGGCGAUGCCGCAGCCCUUGUACGCACAAUCGAGACCGCAGUCCUGCACGGCCAGGAUAUAGGAUCUGUUCUCUCACUCGAGCCGUAUAACAGUGAGCGUUACGCAGAGAACAAUGCUCUGCUUGGGGUGUGCGAUAAGCUACACAGGCUGUAUAGCGUGGAAUCUGGCCCUCUCGUCCCAUUGAGGAGUGUUGGGCUUUCAGCAGUCAACAUGAUGGGACCACUGAAAGGAUUCUUCAUGCAGAAGGCUGCGGGGAUAAGGUAGCCGUGCAUACGCCCCUCCCAGCAAGAGCCCAUUGGCAUCCAUUCCCGGUUUAAGUACGUUGGCGAACUCGGGAACUCAGGCUCAAGCAUAGAUAUGUAAACAUAGACACAUGUAUAAAUACGGAAAGAAAGAUCUUCCAAUUGCCAUGCACGCUUCUUCUCUUCAAUCUGCAGACUCCUUGCUUCCGUACUGCCAUAUCUAGACUCUCAGAAUCCAUUUAUACGUUAG